CGCUUAACUAGCCAUGACCAACGGCUACGUGUUCCGCGAGUACAUCGGCGCCCAGAUCACGGGCGUCCGGUUCUCCGACGUGCCCGUGAACGCCGGCCUCAGCUUCCACUUCAUCCUCGCCUUCGCCAUCGACUACAUGGCGAGCAAGUCGUCCCCGCCGGCGCCGACCAACGGCGUCUUCGCCCCGUUCUGGGACACGGCCAACCUCUCCCCGGCCGCCAUCUCCGCCACCAAGGCGGCCCACCCGAACCUGAGCGUCAUGGUCGGCCUCGGCGGCGACAGCGUGCAGAACACGGGCGUGAAGGUCGCCUUCGCGCCGUCCUCGGUCGACUCCUGGGUGGCCAACGCCGUCUCCUCCCUGUCGACGAUGAUCAACCGGUACGGGCUGGACGGCGUGGACGUGGACUACGAGCACUUCGGCGGCGGCACUGACGUCGACACCUUCGUCGAGUGCAUCGGCCGCCUCCUGACCCAGCUCAAGGCGCGGUUCCCCAACAUCAAGACCUCCAUCGCGCCCUUCGAGGACGUCGAGGUCCAGAAGCACUACAAGGCCCUCUGGGGCAAGUACUCCGGCGUCAUCGACUACAUCAACUUCCAGUUCUACGGCUACGGCGCCAACACCAACGUCGACUAUUACGUCAAGUUCUACGACCUGCAGGCGCGCAACUAUCCCGGCUCCGGCGCCAAGCUGCUCGCCAGCUUGGAGACCGGGAACAUCACCCAGCAGCUCGGGCUGCUCUCGCCGGAGCAAGGUAUCGCCGGAGCCAAGGAGCUGCUGCGGCAGGGCAAGCUGCCGGGGUUCUUCAUCUGGUCAGCGGAUAGCUCCAAGGCGAGCCCCUACAGGUUUGAGUUCGAGACCAAGGCUCAGCAGAUCGUCGCCAACCAUUGA